GCUAAAAUAAUAGAAUAAGACCGUGUUUGGUUCCAGAACGCUAUAAAAACCUCGAAACAAACACACCUGGCGCAUGUUAGCAACCCGGAUAGCAAAUCGUACACCAUGAGUGUGAUCAUCACCUCUAGUUUCGGCCACCAUCCGAAAUUAUCGGCCCUUUCCCGCCAAAUUAUCCCGGAAAAUUCGGUGUACAUCUUCCCCACUGUCACUAUCACCAUCUCUCCAAUACAGUUGCGCAGGAAGGGCCUGCGUUUCUCACUCACUUGCUUUGCUUCUGAUAAGCCAUCCCCAUCUCCCCAAUUCAGUACGGAUGCGAAGAUACGGAGUGAAGUUCUUUCGCCAUUUAGAUCAGUUCGGAUGUUUUUUUAUCUUGCCUUUAUUGCCAGUGCGUCCCUAGGAGGACUGAUAGCUACUACCCAGCUUAUUGGUGCACUGUCAAAUCCCUCAAGAGCGGAUGAAGUCACUAAAAUUCUCGAGGGUCUUGGCAUAGAUAUUUCAGCUGUAUCUGUAUGCGCGUUUCUUUAUUCCAGGGAUAACAAUGCUAAGAACGCCCAGUUGGCUAGACUGACAAGAGAGGAAAACCUUUCGAAUCUUAAGCUUCGUGUGGAUGAGAAGAAGGUUAUUCCUGUCGGCGAUUUUAGAGGAAUUGCUCGCCUUGUAUUGGUUUCUGGCCCUUCAUCUUUCAUUUCUAAAUCUUUUAAACUAAGUGAACCUUUCACCGAAAGUCUUCUGGAAAGAGGUGUUCUCGUCGUCCCUUUUGCCACGGAUGGGGAAUUACCUGAUUUCGAGUUUGAUGAUAGUGAAGAUAUGAAGGAGCUGACUGAAAGAAGGAAAAGGCUUUGGCAGCUAAAACCUGUUUUUUCGACUGAGUGGUCCGAGUGGUUAGAUGAACAAAAGAAACUGGCUAAUGUUUCAACAGAAUCUCCUGUGUAUUUAUCCCUGCGCUUGAGCGGUCGUGUUCGUGGUAGUGGAGUUGGAUACCCUCCUUGGAAUGCUUUCGUCGCACAACUACCACCAACAAAGGGACUAUGGUCAGGUCUUUUAGAUGGCAUGGAUGGACCAGUUUGACUUGUUCCACUAACAGAGUAACAGAAGCCUGCAAUGUGCAAAUGGCAUGCCAAUCUCAAUUUAUAUUGGUUGAAUAUAUUUUAGGACCCUAUACAAUUAACUAUUGAGCAACCAAUUUGAAAUUUUAGGUGGCUCGAGAUGAAAGAACUGAUAUGGUUCGUGGAGUUGAAUUCCUAUGCAAAUUUGUCACUGUUACAGGUAAUGUCAGCUCUUCCUUAUUAUGAACUUAGAUGCAGACUUCAACAUUCACAGUUCAAGUGGGAACAUUUGAAGGUGAUUACAAAAUGAGCUCUCGGCAACAAAAUUUCCAGAUUAUCUUCCGGGGCUGGCUCGUUUAACAGAAAGAUGUUCUGAAACCUUGAAAGUGGAAUUUGUGUAAGCUGUAGCUAAAAGGAUGUUAAAUUUCGUUCUUAUCAUUUAGUUUUACUUGGAUAUUCGAAUUUUUGAUUCCUCAAGAAUUCUUGGAUAAAGGUCUAUGGUUAUAGCAUUUGUUGUGCCACUUGUAGUUAUCCUUCACCAAAUGUCGACCCAAAAUUUUUAAAAUUGUUACGAAGGAUCUAUUUGCACUGAUGGAGAUCUUUAUCUUUUAUGUCAAUAUUUGAGUGAUUCCAGUGCUUUGAAUA